UGGACAGAACCGGGAGACGAUGAUGUUGUGGAUUCGGGGGCUCCGUUCCGGGCUGACGCAGUGAAGGAGCUCGGUAUCUCUUCGGCGGCAGGAAUGAAGGGAUGGCGGAUAUGGACUCCAUAAAUUCCCCGCCCGCCUCCCCCUUCCUGGGUCUGCGCAUCAGCUCGCCGGGAAACUGCAGGUUAACCCACGACAUAAGUUUGGAAGAGUUUGAAGAUGAAGACUUGUCGGAAAUAACGGAUGAAUGCGGGAUCAGUCUGCACUGUAAGGAUGGUCUGGCAACUCGGUCCCGUGUAACCCUGGAGACCAACAAUGUUGCCACCACGAGCGGAAACGACACGCGCACGAUUCAGGCGGAGAUGCUGCAGCUGGAUUUGAUUGACGCUGUGGACGAGGUGGAGGAAGAGGAAGAAAACAACGGCCCACGGCAGGAGGCCAACCCUGUCAGCGUGGCGUCCUACAGACCCAAGAGACCAACAACCCUAAACCUAUUCCCACAGGUUCCACGCACGCAGGACACACUGAACAAUAACUCAUUCGGCAAAAAAUACAGCUGGCAGGAAAGAGUCUCGCGGCCAACCUCCCCGCUCAAAACAGGGGAGGCCGGAUCAGCUCAUGACCACGUCUGCCUUGGCAAUGAGACCAAGACGGCGGGAGGCUCCGUUGACAAGGGGACCAGCAGCAGCCAGGCCAGUGCUAGCAGGCGGGCUCCGACGGGGAAGAGCGACACGCUAGCUCCAGCCGCCUUGGGAUGUUCGCCAGCGCCCUGCGCUGAGCAGCGGUCUCGAAGCAGCGCCCACAGUGAGGAUCGCCUCCACUACCAGGCACAGGUGGAGCUGGAAGCCACCGAGGAGAUCUACCUCACCCCGGUGCAGAGAAACUCAGACUCUUCGGAGGGCGAGCGGCCCCCCCUCUGCCGCUCCAAUGGCAACAGAAUGUCCACUGGCUCGGACGCCGACUUCGUCCAGUGCACGGCUGCACCCGGGAAGCCCGGGCCUUCGAUCGGUGAGGAGGAGGCCGUGGUCCAUGCCGGCACACGCCCCUCGCUGGUCCGCGCCUCCCUGACCUCGAGUGAGCACUGCCCGCGGGUCUCGGUCAGCUCGGACAGCGUGUUGUCCUACGACUCGGUGAAGUACACGCUGGUGGUGGACGAGGAUGCCCAGCUUGAGCUGGUCAGCUUGAAGCACUGCUACUCGGCCUACAGCGACGACAGUGACUCUGCCACUGUCUACGAUAAUUGCGUCUCCUCGGCCUACGAGUCAGCUGCUGACGAGGAGGGCGCAGGGAAAGGUGAUUCCAUCUGCCCAUCGGAGGACUCUACACCAGAGGCAGACAUCCCCUUCUCCAAGAAGUUCCUCAACGUCUUCAUGAGCGGACGGUCAAGAGCCUCCAGUACGGAAUCCUUUGGAUUGUUUUCUUGUAGAAUAAAUGGAGAGGAACGAGAUCAGACACACAGAGCCGUGUUCAGGUUCAUACCACGUCACGAUGAUGAGCUGGAACUGGAGGUGGACGACCCUUUGCUGGUGGAGGUACAGGCUGAUGACUACUGGUAUGAAGCUUACAACAUGAGAACAGGGGACAGAGGAAUUUUCCCAGCAUACUAUGCACUCGAAGUGGUCACAGAACCAGAGCAUUUUGCAGCAGCUAUAGCUGAAAAGAAUGACUGGGUAGAUAACUUCCAUCUAAAGUUCCUGGGCUCGGUGCAAGUGCCCUACCAUAAAGGGAAUGAUGUGUUGUGUGCAGCCAUGCAGAAGAUCGCAACAACAAGAAGGUUGACGGUACAGUUCAACCCUCCUUCAAGCUGUGUGUUGGAGAUUAGCAUGCGGGGUAUUAAAAUAGCCGUGGAGCUCGAGGGACUUGGUGCCUAUGAGAAGGGCAGUAAAUGCAGUCACUUCUUCCAGUUGAAGAACGUUUCAUUCUGUGGAUAUCAUCCAAAGAACACCAAAUAUUUUGGGUUUAUCACCAAACAUCCUUCAGAUCACCGAUUUGCUUGCCACGUUUUUGUCUCCGAGGAUUCAACAAAGCCGAUUGCAGAGUCAGUGGGGAGGGCCUUCCAGAUGUUCUACAAGGAAUACAUUGAGUACACUUGUCCAACAGAAGACAUCUAUCUGGAGUAGAUGCCUCUGGAGGUCUCCAAACGCUCUGGUCUCAUCACAUCUCAUUCUCAAGCCAAGUGUGAUGCAUGGACAGACUGAGCCAAUGGCUCAAUAUCAGGAUCCAGAAGUGUGCACCAUCUCAACUGAAACCAUUUUACCUAUUGUUACUUUUAGCCAUGCCUCAAGAAUCAACAGAAUACACCGUCAUGAGUUUGUGACUCUUAUCCCGCUCCUCUGCAAAUCCCAAUCCAUCCAUCUAGUGCCCCAUUGGUUCAUGGCCAAACUGUUCCUGCUUGCUUCAUAACCCUUGUGAUGCGUAUGAUAUGCAGUGGGCCGGUGUUUAGGUCUGGCUGGGAGAAGAUGACGCCAAAGCGACGAGGAGUUACAAGAUCCAUUGUAACGAUAACGUUAUGCUUUGUUCAUUGAUAGUAUUCUGUGUAAAGUUCUUAAAAUUUGUUCAUGAAGUGUGUAACAUGGUUUAUUUAAAGGUUUGAUGACAGCA